AUGAAUAAUUAUUCAAAUAGAACAUUAUCAUCAUGGAGUAGUGGUGGUUUUAUACAGAAAUUUCAAUUAUUUUAUGUUCCAACAUUAGUCUUUUUUGGUAUAACCGGAAAUAUUAUAUGUGCAGUUGUAUUUAGUACAAAAACAUUGAGACGAUUAAGAUCAUCAUCUUAUCUGUUAACGUUAGCCAUUAGUGAUAUUUUCUUUCUUUUGGAUCUAUUACCCGGUUGGAUUUACGUUGCAUUUGUUCGACGUUUAUACAAUUUUCACAUGUUGUGUAAAAUUCAAACAUAUAUUUCAUUUGUGGUACCAUUCGUUCAUAUAUGGAUUGUAUUAGCGUUUACUGCUGAACGAUUUUUUGCUGUUACUAGUCCAUUGAAACAUAUGUCUCGUUGUACAGCAUCUACUUCUCAUAAAGUGAUUACAAUUAUAUUAAUUCCAGCGUUUCUCUUCUAUAUUUAUCCAGCAUUUUUUGCAUCCGAAGUUGAUGAUCGUGGACAAUGUCGUGAGAAACGUGAACAUGUUCAUCAUCUCAAUAAUAUAAAUAUUGUCGAUACAUUUAUGACAAUGUUUUUACCAUUUAUACUUGUCUCAAUAUUAAAUAUAUUAAUAAUACGAAAAUUAUUUUGUUCAGAAACAUUUCGAAUGUAUGUAUUUGAAAAUGGUAGUCGAUAUCAUACACGACGUACAUCAAACUGGACAACAAAUACAUCAAUAAAAAUUGAUCAAGCAAGUAUUACACAUUCAUCUGUACCAUCAUCACCACAACGAAGCCCAAACACAUUUCGAAAAGUUCAUACUAUACCACCAAUAAAAUGCAAUAUACAACAACAUACAGCUAAUUAUCGAGCAUUUACAAAUAGAUCAUCAUCGCAUUCAAGUUUAAAUAGUAUGGCGGAAAAACAACUAUCUCAUCGUGUAUCCCAUCCUCAACCAUCUCAUAAAACAUUUCAAGCUCUUAAAAGUACAUCGGGAAAAAAACGAACAGAUACCGUUCGAAAUGUUCUUACAGAAGUAAGAUUAACGAAAAUGCUAUUGGCCAUUUCUUUCACUUGUUUAUCAUUAAAUUUUCCAUCGUACUAUUUACGUUUAAUGUUUUUCUAUGAACAUACCAAAGAUAAUGAUAAUAAUAAUAAUGAGACAACAAUAACAAUUAUGGAUGAAAAUAAAAUAAAAAUGAUCACCUAUCGGGAUAUGAUGUUACUUUAUUUAAGUUAUCUAAGUUAUUCAAUUAAUAUUUUAAUUUAUUUAUUUUUUGGGGCAAAUUUUCGUCGAGCAUUAAAACGUUUAUGUUGCACAGUCGUUACACAGAAAAGGACGAAUGAACGAGAAAAUACUGUUCUUUUAUUUUCAACGGCUGUGCGGACGGUUAAAUCGUAUAGUACCAGUGAUACAAGUCCAAGAGUUAGCUUACUGAAAACAUAA